CGGUUUUGACGCAUGCGCGGUGGGGGAAACGGAGGGGGCUCGAGGUGCCAAGGCUACUGCAUUUACAAAAACUCCGCUGAGAGCCUGUGCAGCACAUCCAGAAAUGACUUCUUUGGGGACAAGCAGUCAGACAGCAACUGAAUAUGUGGUCCGUGUCCCCAAGAACACCUCCAAGAAAUACAAUAUUAUGGCCUUCAAUGCGGCUGACAAAGUCAACUUUGCCACCUGGCACCAGGCAAAGAUGGAGCGGGAUCUCAGCAAUAAGAAGAUCUACCAGGAGGAAGAGAUGCCUGAGUCGGGAGCUGGCAGCGAAUUCAACCGCAAGCUACGGGAGGAGGCCCGGCGCAAGAAAUACGGCAUCAUCCUGAAGGAGUUCAAGCUAGAAGACCAGCCUUGGCUCCUGAAAGUCAACGGCAAGGCCGGGCGCAAGUUCAAAGGUGUGAAAAAGGGAGGUGUGACAGAGAACACCUCCUACUACAUCUUCACACAGUGUCCGGAUGGUGCCUUUGAAGCCUUCCCAGUCAACAAUUGGUAUAACUUUACACCUAUUGCCAAGCACCGUACACUGACUGCAGAAGAAGCCGAGGAGGAGUGGGAGAGGCGGAACAAAGUUCUGAACCACUUCAGCAUCAUGCAGCAGCGGCGGCUGAAGGACCAUGGCGAGGAAGAAGAGGAGGAGAAGGAGAAGAAAGGCAAAAAGAAAGGAAGUGACCUCAAAAUCCAUGACCUGGAAGAUGACCUGGAGAUGAGCUCGGAUGACAGCGAGUUCAGUGACGCUGAUGGCGAGAAGCCAGCCAAGGCCAAGAAGAAAGCCCCUCUGACCAAGAAGAAGAAAAAGAAGAAGGGUUCCGAUGAUGAAGCUUUUGAAGACAGCGAUGAUGGGGACUUUGAAGGCCAGGAGGUGGACUACAUGUCUGAUGGGUCCAGCAGCUCGGUAGAGGAAGUGGUGGGCAAACCCAAGGUGACCAAAGAGGAAGACAUCCCCAAAGGUAUAGACGAAGCAAGCGACAGUAGCGAAGAGAGUGAGGAGGAGAAGCCUGCGGAGGAGAAGGAGGAGGAAGAAGAGGAGAAAAAGACCCCGACUCCACAGGACAGGAAGAAAAAGAAAGACAGCAGUGAUGAGUCGGAGACAUCUGAGGACAGCGACAUUGACAGCGAAGCGUCUUCAGCGCUCUUCAUGACGAAAAAGAAGACGCCUCCCAAGAAGGAGCGCAAGGGCUCCGUGAGCAGCUCACAAGGGAAUAGCCGCCCAGGAACACCCUUGGUGGACGCCGGCAGCACUUCCUCCACGCUGCGGGCCGCAGCCAACAAACUGGAACAAGGUAAGCGGCAAGCAGGUUCCAGCGAGCUCCCUGCAGCCAAGAGGUUGAAAAUAGAUGCUGGGCCCCAGGGCACCGCCACGACCACCUCUGGGAAGUCCACUCCACAGCCACAGUCGGGCAAGUCAACGCCCAGCAGUGGCGAUGUGCAGCUGACGGAGGAUGCCGUGCGCCGCUACUUGACCCGCAAGCCCAUGACCACCAAGGACCUGCUGAAGAAGUUCCAGACCAAGAAGACAGGGUUGAGCAGCGAGAAGACCGUCAACGUGCUGGCCCAGAUCCUGAAGCACCUCAACCCUGAGCGCAAGAACAUCAAUGACAAGAUGCACUUUUUCCUCAAGGAAUGAGGAGGGCAGGGCAGGGGCCAGAUACAAACUGCCCUUUGGUACCCACCAUCCUUCUGGGCAGCUCUGAGUCCCUUGCACUGAGCGGAUAGCCAUGGGGGCUAGGGGCUAGGACCACGUGGCUUAGCAUUUGCACCCUUUGGGAGAAGGGCAUGGGUCACUGUUUACCGUCGUCUGAGUACCCCAUCGAGAUAAGGAGUGGUGGACAGGAGCAGAAGAAGACUAGUACAGCUUAUUAAGGAGUGUUGAAGAUAUGGCCUGCCUGAGUGGCGGGGGGGGGGGGGGGCGUAGUUUUCUCUUCCAUGUGGGAGGGGUUCACCAUCUGUGUGCUGCCAUUUGGGGAGAAAUAAACAAGGACAUCUUUUAUAUCUUUUCCCCUGUGUUUUCUC